CCUCAGUCUGAUCUGGACGCAGAUUCAGACUCGGACUUGGAGACGCUGCACCCUGGAAAUAAUGUCCCAAACAUCUUGUUAAUGAGAUUUAAUGGAGACGAAGAGAAAGAUGCUGCUGUGGACUCUGCUGCUCUGCUUCAGCCUGAGUGUACUGGGACAACUGGAGCAAUCCCAGUCUGAGGAUGAAGUCGAUUUGGACUUGACAGACUUUAAUUUGGACAUUGCGCCCCGCAGGGUCCCCCGGCAGCUGAAAACUAUUUUAUCUAAGGAGACCAAACCUCACAUCCAAGAACUCUCCAUCAAAACCACCAUCAUCUCCCGCUACGCCUUCACCGCGGUCUACUGCGCCAUGAUCAACCGGCACACGGCAGCCACUGAAGGCGUCUUCCAGUUUCACAUCCCCGCUGACGCUUACGUCUCCAACUUCACCAUGAUCAUUGGAGGGCGAGUCUACCAGAGCGAGGUCAGGCCGAAGCAGAAGAGGGUCAAACAGGAGAACGGCAAACCCAAGAACAAACAGGAAGGUGAUGCAAGUCCAGAGCUGGAGGUGGAGGUGUUCAGGAUGGCGGCCAACAUACCUGGUAGAAACCGGGCCGUGUUCCUGCUGACCUAUGAGGAGCUGCUGCAGCGCCGGCUGGGACGCUACGAACACGUUACCAGCCUGAGACCGCUGCAGCUGGUCAGCCGGCUCAGUCUGGACGUCACCAUCGUCGACCACUCGCCCGUCACUGACCUGGAGGUGCUGCCGCUGAGAAACGGCAAAAGCAACACUGCUGGCAGCACCGGAACCGGACCCAAGACACCAGCCAAGCCAGAGCUUCCCAUCACCACUAUGAUCAAAAACGAAAAGAACGUCUGCAAGAUCACCUUCAGCCCCAACAUCGUCCAGCAGGCCAAGAUCACCACCAACGGCAACCUGGGAGACUUCGUGAUCCGCUACGACGUCCAGAGAGACAUGGGCAUCGGAGACAUCCAGGUUUUAAAUGGACAUUUUGUCCACUACUUCGCCCCCAAAGAUCUCCCUGUGGUGCCCAAGAACGUGGUGUUUGUGAUCGACACCAGCGCCUCCAUGUUGGGGACCAAGAUCAAGCAGACUAAGGAUGCUCUGUUCACCAUUGUGAGGGAUCUACGACCCGGAGAUCGCUUCAACUUCAUCAGCUUCUCCAACAGGAUCAAAGUCUGGCAGCCCAAAGGCCUGGUGCCAGUGACUCCCCUUAAUAUCAGAGACGCCAAGAAGUUUAUCUACAUGUUGAUGCCCACUGGCGGAACAAACAUCGACGGUGCCAUCCAGACCGGUUCCUCUCUGCUCCGUGAUUACCUCCAGGGUCCUGACGCCAGCCCUAACAGCGUCUCGCUCAUUAUUUUCCUGACUGACGGGCGGCCUACUGUUGGGGAGAUCCAGUCCACGGCCAUCCUGGGAAACACUCGCUCAGCCGUGCAGGAGAAGUUCUGCGUCUUCACGAUUGGGAUCGGGAAUGAUGUGGAUUACCGGUUGCUGGAGCGCAUGGCUCUGGACAACUGUGGGAUGAUGAGACGCAUCAACGAGGAGGCCGACGCCAGCGCAAUGCUCAAAGGGUUCUAUGAUGAGAUAGGAACCCCUUUACUGUCUGACAUAAGGAUCAACUACACAGAGGACUCGGUCCAGUACGUCACUCAGCAUCUCUUCACCAACUACUUCAACGGCUCUGAGAUCGUCAUCGCCGGAAAACUCACAAACCAAAGUGCAGAAUCCCUUCACGUCCAGGUUACCGCCAGCAACAACGACAAGAGCAUCGUCCUGGAGACCAACGUUCCACUUCGACAUCGACAGCUCGAGACUGAGAAGCAUGUGAAGGCAGCUACAGCAGCGAUGGUGUCCGGAGCCAGAACUGUGGGGUCGGAGGUCGCACAGGGUUUAGGGGCUGCUAUGGGUUCAAUAGCUGAAGACUUUGUGGAACGUGUUUGGGGUUUCUUGAGCGUCAAGGAGGGUCUUCGUUCGAGGCUUCGCAGCCAAACCAGCAAGGAGAGAGAAGAUCACAUCCAGCAGGCCACCAACCUGUCUCUGACCUACCACUUCCUCACCCCCCUCACCAACAUGGUGGUGGAGAAGCCGGAGGUCCUGGCUGACGGCACCAUGGCACCGGCGCCGACUGUCCUGCCAGCAGCUGAGGAGGCUGCUUCACCUGCCAACGAGCUGCCAGGUGACCCAGAUGACAAAAAACCACAGAAACCCGACGGGAUGCUCAGCAGCCAGACUUCAUCUCUGAGGAACACAAUAGGUAAAGCUGAGAGGAGACCGGCCAAGAAAUCCAUCACCAUCUCCAAAACAUCAGCGGAUGGUGACCCUCACUUUGUGGUGGAGUUCCCCCUCAGUAAACUGACCGUGUGCUUUAACAUCAACGGUGAGCCUGGACACGUUCUUCGCCUCGUCUCUGACCACAAGUACUCUGGUGUGACAGUUAACGGUAAACUAAUCGGCGCUCCGGCUCCACCCGGCAGCCACAAGCAGCAGCGCACCUACUUCAGCUCCAUCACCAUCGUGGUGGACCGACCCAGACGCUCCUACAUCGAGGUGACGCCUAAGAAGGUCAUCCUGGACGGACGCGACCGCAUGGUCCUGCCCUGCCACUCCACUGUGACCGUGGACAGCGGCGAGCUGUCGGUGGCCAUCGUGGGAAAGUCUAACGUGACGGUGACGGUCGGAGGGAACAUUGGCUUUGUGAUUCUGCUGCACCAGUACAAGAACCCGGCCCCCUACCAGAGAGACCACCUGGGCUUCUACAUCGGGAACAGCAAGGGGCUGUCGCACAACUGCCACGGACUGCUGGGUCAGUUCCUGUAUGAGGAGGUCGGACUGGCAGAGCUUCCAGCAGACGGAGAGGUGAAGCCGUCGGAGGUCCUGAAGGUGAAGGAUCGCUCGGUGCCGGUGGUGAAGAAGAGCCGGAGGAUCUACAGCGGGACGCAGAGCGUGGACUGCUGGUUCGCCCGCAACAACGCCGCCAAGCUGAUAGACGGACAGUACGAGGACUAUCUGAUGUCGCACAUGUUCGACACGGGAGACUGGCACCACGGAACGAACAGAGUGUGAACCACGAACUCCUAAACACCUCAUUAUUAACUCCUUUUACCUGGUAUAAAUAAUUAGCACGCCUCAAUCCACUUAUUAGUUCACAGCACAACAAGUCUUCACAUUUCAAGCUUCUUUCCAUUUUCCGGUCCCUCCUGAAUAUAUUUUUUUAUUAUUUCUAAUGAAAAUUAAAUAUGUUUAUUAUAUGAUCUUGUAUUUUUUACAGUAAUUUUUAAAUUGUAAAUAAAACAUUUAAACCCA